CAAUGUGGAGAAGAAGAAGAAGAAGUUGAAGAGCCUGGAAGAGCAGCUUUCCAAGUUGAAUGUCCAGGCCACAGAUAAAGAGGAGAACAAGCAGAUAGCUCUGGGCACGUCCAAGCUGAAUUACCUGGACCCCAGGAUUAGCAUAGCUUGGUGUAAGAAGUUUGGUGUCCCCAUUGAGAAGAUCUACAACAAGACACAGAGGGAAAAGUUUGCCUGGGCAAUCGACAUGGCUAAUGAGGACUUUGAAUUCUGA